GAGUGCAAAGAAAGCUACUGUCCAAAAGGUGAACUAAGGGGAAACCCAACCAGGAUACUUUUGACAUCACUGACAUGCAAUGGAAUGAGUCAAUGGAUUGAUGAUCAGAAUACUGUCUAUGGUAGCGCACAGUGCGAAUAUCCUUGCGAUCAAUGCACAGAUCUGUGCAUUUGCGGAAUGACAUGUCCUAUGGGAUUCGUAUGCACAGGAGUGGUUACUGAAGCAGGUCAAUGUCCAGUAGCUGGCUGUCCCGCUGGAACCAUGAGAGCAUCCCCUGGAGACGUCGUUGUUUCAUCUCUUACCUGUGACGGUGAUGCACAAUGGGUUGACGAGCAAAAUAAAGUCUAUACUUCCGCUCAGUGCGAAGAAUCCUGCACAGAAUGCACAGUAUUGACCAAUAGCGGAAUGGAUUGUCCAAAGGGAUUCCUGUGUGAACCAGCUACUCGGCGUGAAGCACAAUGCUCUGAAACCUAUUGCGCCACUGGCAUGCUCACCGGCAAUGUAGCUAGAACACCACUGGGAGUUCUAACUUGUGAUGUCAACUCAGAAUGGCUUGAUGCACAAUCUGCGUCGUAUACGGUAGCGCAGUGUGAGAUUCGACAAUGCCCUGAAAGUUACUGUGAGACCGGUCUAAUGACCGCUGGUACAGGACGGACAACUGUCACAUCAUUGUCUUGUAACGGAGCUCAGCAAUGGGAAGACUCUCAGUCUACUGUUUAUACUGUUGCCCAAUGCGAAACAUGUAAGCCGAGAAGCUAA